AGGGCGCUGUUUCCCAGUCUGCCAGGCCUGAGUCAGCCUGUAGGAAUCAGGAAGUCUGAUCUGACAGCAGAGGCAGAGAUGGCAGCAUCCAGCUCACAGUCCGAGCUUAUCCUGGUGGUUCUGGGCCCGGAUAAGGCAGAGGAGAGAGGUGCAAUCCGCUUCACCCUGGGCCUGGAAGACAACCAACAGGGCACAGAUGUUCAGGACUGCAGCAAACAUAGAGGGACAGCUGCAGGCAGGCGGGUCGAGGUGGUCUCCAGUCCAGCCUGGUACGGCUCAGCCUGCAGCCCAGAGGAACGGACAAUGCAUAUUUCAUCCUUCAUCGCUUUAUCCAGCCCUGGACCACAUGCCUUCCUGCUCUGUGUCCCGGUGAACGGGCGUGCUCACGAUGAAUCCAAGGCGCUCGAUGCCCUCGCUAAGCUGUUUGGCCCUGAUGCAGUCAGCAAAAACACCAUUGUUCUCUUCACCCACACUGAGGAGCUGGGAGAGGAUGAGACACUGGAGCAGUACAUCAUCACAUGGCGGAAAGACCUCCAGGAGCUGGUGGGGAGGUGUGGCGAUCGUUACCAUACCCUGGAGAGCUGCAAGCCAGGCGGAGAAGAAGGGAAAGCUGUGGAGGAGCUGCUGGAGAAGGUGGAGCAGGCGGUGAAGGAGAGUGGAAGCAAGUGCUUCAGCUGCCCUCUCUACCAGGAGGCUGAGGGCAGGGUGAGGCAGCGGCAGAUGGAGAUCAUAAGGCAGAGGAGGGAGGAAGAGCCCUCUGACUCCCAGCCAGAAGUGACUAAAGAAGAAAUGGAUGCAGUUAGGGAGGAGGCAGAGAAGAGCGUUGGGGAUCUGGAUUUGGAUCUAGGUGGUAUUUUCCCCUCCGGUAAACAGGUCUCUCCUUCCUCGGCUUCUCCAUCAUGGCUGGGGGGCUUAUGGGAGAAGCUGGUGGGCUGGUUCCGGUGGCUGCCCUCCCUCGUUAGAAUCGAGGCUCUGUUCGGGGCCCUUGUGGGGCUAUUUGUAGGAGGGCCGAUGGGGGGCACGGUUGGGGCCACCGUAGGGUCUGUGGCUACAGAAGUGAACAGAAGGAAAACAGAAAAAACUAAAUGACAAAUAUUUGCACCUUUAUAUCUCUUUGUCACUGGGAAAAAAACUUUAAAAGAUUCAGUUUUAGUGUGAUGCUUGAUAGUAUUUCUGCAUAAAUAUGACCUAAAAUGUGUUUUCUCAUCAGAUAAUACCUGGGAGAGGUAGAUCACUGUAAUCAUAGAGGAAGCACAGUGGAGGAAGUGUCAGGAUUUGGACAGGAUCCAUCAUUUGAUGAAGCAACAUUUUCGGGAUUAUAUAUUAAUUAAUGUAGGAAAAUAUCUAGGAACAAUUCAUUUGAAAAAUUUUUAUGCUAAAAGGAGAGCAAAUUGGUGGGAGAGCAAAUUUUCCAAGUAGUUGAUCAAGCCGCUGAUAAAAAAAAAUAAAAAGAAUUAUCCCGGAUAUGUUUUUUUACUAUUUGAUAUAUAAAUGAAUAAUAUUAAUUUGAAAAAUUUCAAAUUAUUUGUAACAAUAGGACUGUAUAAGCUUCUUAAAAAGCCUUAUUCAUCAUACUUGUUGUUUUGUGUAAUUAAAAUGAGGAUAAAGAAUGCAAUUAAAUUCGGAAGCUUUUAUUUUGCAGUAAAUCUGUUGCUGGUCACACUCAGAACCCCACAAACACAAAUACGACUUUAAGAGAUAAUACAACCUCCUCAAAUCAAACACUACUGCUGUACCACCAAAGGGAAAAGUCAUAACCCCAACUAGGGAAACACUGAUAUGAACCUCUGGGCGGAUUCUGAUUUCAAAGACCUCUUAUGGCUGAUAACUGGUAUCUACUGAUGUCAUGUAUUACAUAUUUCCCUUUUAGACUUUAGUCGGAAAGGACCAAUUGUUGACUUUGCUUCUGUACUUCAUUUUUAAAACCUACUGUCACGUGACCAAAAAGAUACCACAUGAUUGAUUCUCCUGAAACAAAUAAACUGCAACCUCAUGGAAAUAAUUGUGAAAAAAUGUCCUUGAAGUUUUACUUCUAGGGCGGAUAAGUAAAAUGAUGAGCAUACAAAAAUCCAUAUAAAUAGUUUGCAUUCAAGAUCAAAAACCUUUUGUCUAGAACUCCUUAAGUGUCAUUUUAGUUUGAAUUGGUUUAAAUUCUGUAAAAAAUCUUUUUAAAGGCACCUUUUGCCUUCCAAUGACUCAUAGAUUAAUAAAAAAAA